AAGUCGGGCCAAAUCUCCGCGCUGAGAGGAGCUCGCUGUGCUGCUGCAACUGACUUGUGUCUCAACGGUGGAUUUGAAGUGUUUUUAUGGAGAUCAUGGAAGUGAAAGGACUUCUCUUGAUGUUUUGUCUUCUUCUACUGGCACACUGCGCGCCCCAGCAGACCUCCCCAAAGAGAAGAAACGGAAAGAAAGGUAGGCUUUGCCAAUAAUUGAGAACAACAUCCUUACCUUGUAACCUUCUGAUGAGUUUCAUCUCUAAACUUGGAAAAGUGAGUGAUUUAGGAACACAGAGUGAAUGUUUUUCUUUCUCUGUCAAUAGACUCAGCCAACAGUGCUGCAAUUGAGGAGCUGAAGAAACAGAUUAAUGACAUUGUUCAAGAGCUUAACUUGCUGAAAGAGCAGCAAGCUCUACAAACAGGUAUUUGUCAAAUAUCGCUUCAUAAAUACCACAUAAUAUUUGAUAUUGAUGAUCAUGUAGGAGAACUGAUUAUGCAAAACAUAACACAGGAACACUAGUUGCCAGAGGGUGGGAUAUGGCCCUGUGGUAAAGCCUAAAUAAACUUCAGGUUGAGUAUAAUAACUUGGUCACAAUAAAAUGCUGUUUUAAUUUAAUGUAGAUUUAAAUAUAUUAUAGUUUCUAAUACUUUUCUCUCUCUCUCCAUAUAAACUAUGUUGCUAACCAUAUUCUGUAACAUUGCACAGCAUUAACUAUGUCACACCUUGUGCUUUGUUGUCAUGCCUAUUUUACACCCCUUAUUGCCACUUGAUCCUGCACCUCACUCUAUCACCUUCUGACAUUGCACCUAAUUUUAGUGUCUGUUUCAUACACGUACCACAGUUUGCAUCCCCCAGGGAUGAACAUGUUGCUAUCAAGAUAUCAUGCUUUGACAGUUCGUCAUAAUUGUCACUUUAACCUAACACUUAGUGUAUAAUAUGUCCUGACUGUGUCAUUUUAAAUUAUUCAUAGCCCACCUUGUAAAACAAUUUCACAAACAUUUUAUUUUAUUUCUUUCAUCCUAUUUUUUCUACUCUUAUUCUUGUUCUACAACUCUCUUGCUUUCUUACAUCUGUGUUACUGUGUUACAAACUGAUAUACCCACUUGUUUUAUUUUAAUAUUUGUUUCGAUUUUGUUUCCUUAACCUUUUUAGAUGGCUUCAGUUUUACAAAAAAUCCUUAUCUUAUUUAAUUUUUGUGUUUGUUUUUAUGAAUUUAGUGUAGGGAAAUACUUUGUCUCACUGUUUAUCAGAGAUGUGUGGUUACAGGCAUAAUGGGUUAAAAAGUAAAACAUAUUUGUAAGUGCUUUAAAGUCAAGUAGUAACUUGCUCUGCUCCUCAGUUUGUCUGCGAGGCACAAAGGUCUUGGGGAAGUGUUUCUUGGCUGACCCUGUGAAGAAGAACUUCCACGCAGCUAGCGAGGACUGUAUUGCCAAAGGAGGCAGUCUGGUCACACCUCUAAAUGGAGAUGAGAAUGACCAGCUGUACAGCUAUGUCCGUCAGAGCAUAGGCCCUGAGGAGCAGGUAUGGCUGGGCAUCAACGACAUGGUGACGGACGGCCAGUGGUUGGACCAGUCUGGCUCCAAUGUGCGCUUCAAAAACUGGGAAACAGAGAUCACCCUGCAGCCAGACGGUGGUCGCAGCCAGAACUGCGCCAUCCUCUCUACCACCGCCAACGGGAAGUGGUUUGAUGAGAGCUGCCGUGCUGAGAAGGCCUCAGUGUGUGAGUUCAACAUCGUCUGAGAGCAGAUUUCUGAGAUUUACAUGGAAACAUUAAACAGUGCGAGCAGAAAGUAAGAACCAUGUGAAGUAUCAGAUGCAUUUAUGCAAAUCAUGACAUAUCUUUCUUACGCUCACAUUUCUUCAUCAAGCCACUGUUAUUAUAAGCUAAACCUUCGGGGCACAGUAUAUCUGCCCUGUCCUCUUCAACACCCAUUUUGUAUUAAGGUAAUCACCACUGGAUGGCUUUACUGUUGUAAUUUUCUCUUAUGUGCUGGCAAGUUAAACCUUUCUAUUGUUGCUUUCUCUUGUUGUCUGAGGCAUUUUCUUUCUUUCUGUCUCUGAAUGUAAUAUUCUCUUGCUUAGUUCACAUCGUAUUGUAUCAAUAAACAUGUCAAUAAACACGUCUACUCUGUUGUAACCUAAUUGUUGUCUUCUCUCUUUUAAAAUGUAUGCUUUUAACAUUUCAAUGUCUUCUUCAAAGGGAUUUUUGUCAAGUUUAC